CAAUAUUAAGUUUCAUUUUCAUUAAAAAAAAUUUGAAAUAAAUCAAAAGUUUAAUUAAAUUAAAAUUUUGAUGCACAUUUUGUAGUCGUGAAAACACGUCUUACCUAAAUUCAGAGAUGCCUCGCUGUUUAAUAUUUUGGUUUAGUAUUCGGCACCACUUGUCCCGGUCCGGUUCGUUCCGGUUUAGGAUGUUCUAGGAGGCGACACAUUGCUCUCUCUCUGUACGGCUUCUUCUUCUUCUCGCUGACGCUCUUUCUCCGUCAAUUCUCUUCGAAGAUCGUUUUGAUCCAAGAGAGAAUUCUCUGAGAGAUUGAGAGGGGAAGAGAAAUUCUUCGAUCCAUAGAGAGAUAAUUCUCUUUGAACAUCGAUCCAUAGAGAGAUAUGCAAACCAUCUCGAAAGCUUCUUCUGCCACCUCCUUUUUUCGAUGUUCUAGGAAGCUAUCAAGCCAGCCAUGUGUGAGACAGCUUAACAUAAGAAAGAGUCUUGUGUGCAGAGUGAUGAAGCUGGUCUCUUCACCUCUUAGGACUUUGCGUGGUGCUGGUAAAUCUAUCCGAGUUUCAAAGUUCUGCAGUGUCUCCAAUGUCUCCUCAUUGCAAAUUGAACUGGUGCCUUGCCUUAAGGAUAACUAUGCUUAUAUCUUGCAUGACGAGGAUACUGGUACAGUUGGGGUGGUUGACCCUUCUGAAGCUGAACCUAUUAUCGAUUCGUUGAAGAGGAGUGGUCGUAAUCUAACAUAUAUAUUAAAUACACAUCAUCAUUAUGAUCACACUGGUGGGAAUUUGGAAUUAAAAGACAGGUACGGGGCAAAGGUGAUUGGCUCAGCUAUGGAUAAAGACCGGAUUCCUGGAAUUGAUAUGGCCUUGAAGGAUGGUGACAAAUGGAUGUUUGCUGGCCAUGAAGUCCAUGUUAUGGAUACUCCUGGCCACACAAAAGGCCAUAUCAGCUUAUACUUUCCAGGAUCACGAGCGAUCUUCACCGGGGACACGAUGUUUAGCUUAUCAUGUGGUAAACUCUUUGAAGGCACUCCUAAGCAGAUGCUUGCUUCUCUCCAAAAGAUCACAUCUUUACCAGAUGACACAAGCAUAUACUGUGGUCAUGAAUAUACACUGGUCUGUUGUACUUUAGUAUUCUAGUGUUGGUGAAAAGUUUUUUACUAAAAGAGAUAAUCUCAGAUGACUAUAAUUUGAUUUGGGUGUGCAGAGUAAUUCCAAGUUUGCGUUGUCUCUAGAGCCAAACAACGAAGUACUUCAGUCCUAUGCAGCUCAUGUUGCAGAGCUCCGAAGCAAGAAAUUACCAACGAUUCCGACAACAGUGAAGAUGGAGAAAGCUUGUAACCCCUUCCUCCGCAGCUCAAAUACAGAUAUCCGUCGGGCUUUACGCAUUCCAGAGGCCGCAGAUGAAGCAGAAGCUUUAGGGAUUAUCCGGAAAGCAAAGGAUGAUUUCUAAGCUUAGGCUUUUUCUGAGGUAAACCUUUGGUUUGCUUAUGUAGUCCUCAAAUGAGUGUGCACCCUUUGACUUUGACGUUUUAUAAAAAAAAAUACAAAUACAAAACCUAAAAAAAGAGACAUUUUUUAUUAACUUUGUUGUAAAACUUCUAAUUUUUCUUUUUCUACUCAAAUUUCAAACAACUUGUGUUUAACAGCUCGUUACUGAUUUAAGAAAUUUAGUUAAGAGUGUUAAUAGAAUAUUUGUGUUAUGACCAUUGUAAUAGUCGUAACUUUAUUUGCAGUAACUUCACCCC